CCAGUCCGACUGAAAUAAUCGUUACACACUGGGCAGGGAAGUGGCUAAUAGGCUAGCGCGCUAGCACACUAGCAAGAGCUCGGUAUUCUGCUUAUUAAAUAACUGACAAAAUGAUUAAGGCCAUUUUGAUUUUUAAUAAUCAUGGGAAACCUCGACUCACCAGGUUUUACCAGUAUUUUGCUGAGGAUAUGCAGCAGCAGAUCAUCAGGGAGACCUUCCACCUUGUGUCCAAGAGGGACGACAACGUCUGUAACUUUCUGGAAGGAGGAAGUUUAAUCGGUGGCUCUGACUACAAGUUGAUCUACAGGCACUACGCUACACUGUACUUUGUUUUCUGUGUGGAUUCGUCAGAGAGCGAACUGGGGAUUUUGGAUCUGAUACAGGUUUUUGUGGAAACCCUUGAUAAAUGCUUCGAAAAUGUGUGCGAACUAGACCUUAUUUUCCACGUGGAUAAGGUUCAUUACAUCCUGCAGGAAGUGGUGAUGGGCGGGAUGGUUCUGGAGACCAACAUGAAUGAAAUAAUUGCACAAGUGGAGGUGCAGAGCCGCAUGGAGAAGUCUGAGGGUGGCUUGUCAGCAGCACCUGCACGUGCCGUGUCUGCAGUGAAGAACAUGAAUCUUCCCGAGAUCCCACGAAACAUCAACAUCGGGGACAUCAACAUCAAAGUGCCGAGCCUGUCUCCUUUCUAAGCCGGGGCUGACGUUGGACAAGGGCACGUCAUCGAAGUGAGUCCCGCUAGGCUGUAGAACAAAGGCCCCUAUAACCUCGGUUUUUGUGGGUGUUGUAAUUUUUUGAAGUCAGACAUGAUGAUGAUGCAGCUGUUUCUGUGGAAUUGUGCAAUUCAGUAAUCAAACUUUCUUUCCCCAUCAUAAUCUGUCCCCACAGAGCGACGGAAGUUAAAAUCCACUCUGUAUAUGAAGGACUGAUGGUAGAGACUUGCUCUCCAUGCUGCGCUUUCCUCCAAAACAACCUCUGAAGCUGUUCUCGAUGAAAUGGAGGAAGUCCAGGAGCAUUGGAAAUGGCCCCUGUGAUGUCACAUGGACAGAGCCUUCCCAAAGAGUGUCACUGGGAAAAGCGCAUAAAUACGACACAUAUGUAACGUAAUGUGACAUUUCGGUAAACCCUAUAAUUCUAAACUAUGUGUAUUGGAGUCGGGCAGAAAAUUCCACACACCCUCUGAUAUGGACCUAGAAACAGCUCUUAAAAAAAUGUCAUGUGAUCGCCAAGCCAGUGACGAUGGAGAUCUCACAUCAGAGAUAUUAUACCGCAGGUCUGUAGAUGUUUACUUGAGCGGAAAUAAUGGAAGGCCUUCCUUAUGACCCUGUGAAAUGAAUUGUACGGAACGGUUUGUGUUUCAAAAGUAAUUGCUGUACUUUUCAAAAUAGAAAAUAAACAAUGGUCACCAAAAACACAAUGUUACGUAAUAUCUUGGGUUAAAAACAAUACUGUGGCAAUGUGGGAGCGCUGAGGAUUGCUGAAAUGGUCAUAUAUGUACGUUGCACUCUCUUCCUCUUUGUCCUUCAGACGUCCUUGCAGCUUCUAGUGCAGGAAGUGAAUAAUUAGUUGGCAUACACAAUCUGUGCAUUAUUCAGCCGGGUUGGGGGUGGGGCAGGAAAACUUUAAGUUUUUGUGUUUUGUUUAAUGUAUAA